AUGACUCAAGUUGUGCCUGAACACGUGGCUCGUGCCAAAGUUGUUAGUGGAAAUACGAAUUCUCGAAAAGACAAUAGUACAAGUCAAAAAAAUCGUUCACAACGUUCAAAUUCUGCUACAUUAAGUGCGAUAUCCGUUACAUGUGAUACAGAUAUUUCAACACGAACACGUAAUAAUCAUUCUCAACAAAUUUCAACUAAAAAAUCUCCUCAUUUGUUUACAACAACAAAUAAUAUAGCGGCAUCUCGUUCAACAUCAGCAUUAACAAAUGUUUCUAUUAUACCUCCAAAUUCCUUUAAUAAUCAUCUACAACAACAACAACAACAACAACAACGUAAAACAUCUAUGUCAGCAGCAUGUGAAAUAAAUAUUAUACAUGAAAAACCAAAUAUAGUUUCAUCAGCAUCAACUAUGUCAAUACCAAAUAAACAUUUGAUUAAAACAACAACUGGUGCUGUUGGCGGAACACUACCAUCAGUUAAAAGUCUAUCUAUAAAACAUAAAUCAACAUCAUUUGAUGAUCAUCGAUCAACACGUGGAAUCGGAAAAAGUGUUCUCGAACAUCUUGUCUUUGUCUUUCCGGAAAAUGUUCGACGAAUACUGUCAGGACCAAAAAAUUUAACCGUGCGCACCGACGAAGGCCGUCCACCUGUUGAACCUAUUGAUUUAGGCGAACCACCAUCGAUCGACGAAGUUAAAAGUUGGUCGGAAUCAUUUGACAAAUUAAUGAUGAGUCCCGCUGGUCGGCAUUAUUUUCGAGAAUUCCUACGAUCAGAAUAUAGUGAAGAAAAUUUUUUAUUUUGGAUGUCUUGUGAAUCUUUAAAAAAUGAACAAAAUCCUGAUAUAAUAGAAGAAAAAGCAAGAUUAAUCUAUGAAGAUUAUAUAUCUAUUUUAUCUCCGAAAGAGGUAAGUUUAGAUAGUCGUGUGCGCGAAGUAAUUAAUAAAAAUAUGGUUGAACCAUCUCCGCAUACAUUCGAUGAAGCCCAAUUACAAAUAUAUACAUUAAUGCAUCGAGACUCUUAUCCACGUUUUAUUAAUUCACAUAUGUACCGGCGAUUAUUACGUAAUGAAGACGUUAAAACUUGA